AUGAGCGCUCCCCCGGGGCUGCGGCCGCCCAGCCCGCUCUUGCCCGUGGCCGCGGCGGCCGCGGCGGCGGCGUCGGCGGCCGCGCUGGUGCCCAGCUCCGGCCCGGGCCCCGCCGCGCUCUUCCCCGCGCCUGUCGCCGCCGCCCCGGCCGCGGGCAUCUCUUUCCAUCUGCAGAUCGGCCUGAGCCGCGAGCCCGUGCUGCUGCUGCAGGACUCCGCGGGCGACUACAGCCUGGCGCACGUCCGCGAGAUGGCUUGCUCCAUCGUCGACCAGAAGUUCCCUGAAUGUGGUUUCUAUGGAAUGUAUGAUAAGAUCCUGCUUUUUCGCCAUGACCCUACCUCUGAAAAUAUCCUUCAACUGGUGAAAGCUGCAAGUGAUAUCCAGGAAGGUGAUCUUAUUGAAGUUGUCUUGUCAGCAUCUGCCACUUUUGAAGAUUUUCAGAUCCGUCCCCACGCUCUCUUUGUUCAUUCAUACAGAGCUCCAGCUUUCUGUGAUCACUGUGGUGAAAUGCUGUGGGGUCUGGUACGUCAAGGCCUUAAAUGUGAAGGCUGUGGUCUGAAUUACCAUAAGAGAUGUGCAUUUAAAAUCCCCAACAACUGCAGUGGUGUGAGAAGGAGAAGGCUGUCAAAUGUCUCCCUCACGGGGCUCAGCACCAUCCGCACUGCUUCUGCAGAACUCUCCACCAGUGCCUCAGAUGAGCCCCUUCUGUCUCCUGUGAGUCCUGGUGUGGAGCAAAAGUCACCAUCAGAGUCAUUUAUUGGUCGAGAGAAGAGAUCUAAUUCUCAGUCAUACAUUGGACGUCCAAUUCAACUUGACAAGAUUCUGAUGUCUAAAGUUAAAGUGCCACACACUUUUGUCAUCCACUCCUACACCAGGCCGACUGUCUGCCAGUACUGCAAGAAGCUUCUCAAAGGGCUGUUUAGGCAGGGGCUGCAAUGUAAAGAUUGCAGGUUCAAUUGUCAUAAACGUUGUGCACCAAAAGUACCAAACAACUGUCUUGGAGAAGUGACGAUCAAUGGAGAUUUGCUUAGCCCUGGAGCAGAGUCUGAUGUGGUCAUGGAAGAAGGAAGUGAUGACAAUGACAGUGAACGGAACAGUGGACUCAUGGAUGACAUAGAAGAGGCAAUGGUCCAAGAUGCUGAGAUGGUGAUGGCAGAGUGCCAGAAUGACAGUGGUGAAAUGCAGGAUACAGAUCCAGACCAUGAGGACUCCAAUAGAACCAUCAGCCCCUCAACAAGCAACAAUAUCCCACUAAUGAGAGUAGUACAGUCUGUCAAACACACCAAGAGGAAAAGCAGCACAGUAAUGAAAGAAGGUUGGAUGGUUCACUACACCAGCAAGGACACAUUGCGGAAACGACACUAUUGGAGAUUGGAUAGUAAAUGUAUUACCCUCUUUCAAAAUGAUACAGGAAGCAGGUACUACAAGGAAAUUCCUUUAUCAGAGAUUUUAUCUCUAGAACCAGCAAAACCUUCAUCUUUAACACAUAAUGGGGCCAAUCCUCAUUGUUUUGAAAUCACUACAGCAAAUGUUGUUUAUUAUGUUGGAGAGAAUGUGGUCAAUCCUUCCAGCCCUCCACCAAAUAGUAGUUUCCUUACUAGUGGGGCUGGUGCAGAUGUGGCCAGGAUGUGGGAAAUGGCGAUCCAGCAUGCCCUCAUGCCUGUCAUUCCCAAGGGCUCUGCAGGUUCAGGCACCAACUCACACAGAGACAUUUCUGUGAGUAUUUCUGUUUCAAAUUGCCAGAUUCAAGAAAAUGUGGAUAUCAGCACUGUUUAUCAGAUUUUUCCUGAUGAAGUACUGGGUUCAGGACAGUUUGGAAUUGUUUAUGGAGGAAAGCAUCGGAAAACAGGAAGAGAUGUAGCUAUUAAGAUCAUUGACAAAUUAAGAUUUCCAACCAAGCAAGAGAGCCAGCUUCGUAAUGAAGUUGCAAUUUUACAGAACCUCCAUCACCGUGGAGUUGUGAAUUUGGAGUGUAUGUUUGAGACGCCUGAAAGAGUGUUUGUUGUUAUGGAAAAACUCCAUGGAGACAUGCUGGAGAUGAUCUUGUCAAGUGAAAAGGGCAGGUUGCCAGAACACAUAACGAAGUUUUUAAUUACUCAGAUACUUGUGGCUUUGCGGCAUCUUCAUUUUAAAAACAUUGUUCACUGUGACCUCAAACCAGAAAAUGUAUUACUAGCAUCAGCUGAUCCUUUUCCUCAGGUGAAGCUUUGUGAUUUUGGUUUUGCUCGAAUUAUUGGAGAGAAGUCUUUCCGGAGAUCAGUAGUGGGUACCCCAGCUUACCUCGCUCCUGAGGUUUUGAGGAACAAGGGCUAUAAUCGCUCCUUAGACAUGUGGUCUGUUGGUGUCAUCAUCUAUGUCAGCUUAAGUGGCACAUUUCCUUUUAACGAAGAUGAAGACAUACAUGACCAAAUUCAGAAUGCAGCUUUCAUGUAUCCACCAAAUCCUUGGAAGGAAAUUUCUCAUGAAGCUAUUGAUCUCAUCAAUAAUUUACUGCAAGUGAAAAUGAGAAAGCGCUAUAGUGUGGAUAAGACCUUGAGUCAUCCUUGGCUACAGGAUUAUCAGACCUGGUUAGAUUUACGAGAACUGGAAUGCAAGAUCGGAGAACGUUACAUCACCCAUGAAAGUGACGACUUGAGGUGGGAGCAGUAUGCAGGCGAGCAGGGAAUGCAGUACCCUACACACCUGAUCAAUCCAAGUGCUAGCCACAGUGACAGUCCUGAGACUGAAGAAAUGGAGAUGAAAGCCCUCAGUGAGCGUGUCAGCAUCCUCUGAGUUCCAUCUCCUAUAAUCUGUCAAAACACUGUGGAAUUAAUAAAUACAUACGGUCAGGUUUAACAUUUGCCUUGCAGAACUGCCAUUAUUUUCUGUCAGAUGAGAACAAAGCUGUUAAACUGUUAGCACUGUUGAUGUAUCUGAGUUGCCAAGACAAAUCAACAGAAGCAUUUGUAUUUUGUAUGACCAACUGUGUUGUAUUAACAAAAGUUCCCUGAAACACUAAACUUGUUAUUGUGAAUGAUUCACAUUAUAUUUAAUGCAUUAAACCUGUCUCCACUGUGCCUUUGCAAAUUGCUGUUUUUCAACUUGGAACAUCAAUUUGGUAUGUCUGCAGAUCCUGUCCAUGAAAUAGUUCUGUUUUGUGUUUAUCAUUGGUGAUAUCAUUAUAAACAAACUCUUGAAGAGUAGAUUAUUACCAGUGUUCUAUGAACAACUUCAAACUUGUGAGAAAAAAAAAAGAAUAUUAGGGGAUGAAGAGAAUAGAUAAAAGAUCCCAAGACAAAAUUGCAUGAAGGAGAUUUACUGUACAGUUUUCACUCCUUUUCCUGUAUGAUGUGCCUCUGUAUAUUUAAACUCAAAUAAAUGGAGCUAGGCAUGCCUAUUGCUCUUAAACCUAAAUGCCUUAUAAGUGUAUACCACCACAUAUAACAUAUAUUUUCAGUCUUUAUCACAAUACCUUGCUGUACUAUGGAAAAUCAGCAGCUAACCAAUCUUUUACUUUUGUGUAUUUUUCAGUAAUAACAAAUAAAUAUUCUUCUCAAUA